AUGCUGAGUCAAUCGCUAGUACCAGGUCAGCUGUUCUUGGAUGUCGUACGACAGUCCACACUAAACAGCUUGCCAUUCACUCGCUGCAGUUGAAUAGCUGUUAAGCCAAGAGUGAAGCUCAUUGUCUAUACUAUGCGAAUUAGCUCUCACCAAGCAAAGUGAAAUCCGUUUUAGUCUUAAGAAUACAAGAAUUCAUAAGAAUCGUGAAGCAAUCGAUCGCAGGCCAAGUGAUUAUUUAUGACGCAAUUAUCGAGAAGGUGCAUUUACGAAUUAGUGCAAAAAAACAGCAACGUAUGACUCAGUUGAGGUAGAUCAUGAACUUCCAAUUAAGCCAUUCGAGUUAAGCCCCGCUAUCUCGCUCAGUCUUAACUCGAAGAAAGAAACACAAUUUGAUGAUUGAGUUUAUCCUGACGUUUCGAACCAUGCAAUCGAUUCACAGAGCGUACAGAGUACGUAGCGUCCACUGGACACAAAACGGACUGGCAAAACAUGGAAAAAUCGAUCCGAAAUAUAACCGAAAUUCUUCAAACCAGCUGCCUGACAUUUUGCGUCGUUGUAAUAUUACUACAUGUUUAUCGCGUUAAUAUGUAAAACGAAGCAACAGGUGAUGAGUACAUAUGCACUUAUAGUAUAAGUUUGAAUUGGUCAGAAUGAAGGUUUUCCACUGCUGCAUGAGCAUGGUUCUCAAUCUCGUUUCCAAGGCCUAAUGUUGGAGCCCACUUGUAUAACUAAAUAUGCGCUUCACUGCAUAACAAAAAAUAGCAAGUGCCAAACGCAAGUAUUAUAGUUGUUUAAAGACUGCACGUACCAUAUCUUCCCAUACUAUAUAAACUCUCCUGAAGAAGGGCCUGGCCUCGAAACGUCGGGAAUUGUCAUGAAAUCACCAACAUGAGCUCCAUCUUUGAAUUUACUAUAUGAGUAAAUUCUUAAACACGUCCGAAUUUAUCAUUAUGAUAAAUUCGCGGCGCAUUUUGAAUUUUUUAAUAGAGUUAAUCAUAAAACCACAAUCAUUGCACAAGGUUUCUUGUUAUAAAUGUAAUGUUUUUCAUGUUUUUUAAAAAAAUAGUUUUUGAAUUAAAAAAGUUUUAAAAAGUUUUAAAAGAGUUUUGAAAAGCAAGAAAAGUUUAAAAAGUUGGAUUUUUAAAAAAGUUUAAAAAAUUUAAAAAGUUAAAAAAAUGAGGGUUAGUGGUUAGUGGUUAGUGGUUAGGGUUCGUGUUAGGUGCCGCGAAUUUAUUAUUAUGAUAAAUUCAAAAUUUGCCGCGAAUUUAUCAUAAUGAUUAAUUCGGACGUGUUUAAGAAUUUACUCAUAUAGUAAAUUCAAAGGUGGAGCUCAUGCUGGAAAUCACACCAAAGUUAUUCUACGCUCUGGCCAACAUUUCUAGAGACUUAUAUACUGAAGUAUAUUAUACUAAAACUAUGAGUAUAUAAAAGCUAGCGUAUAAUAAUGGCCUGUUUACACUUGCAAAUUUUGCUGCGAUUUGUAGUGCGAUUUUCUGCUUCAGAUGGAUGUACCUGUAUAUGUAUCUUCAUCUGAACAUUCAUAAUCCAUCCACUCGUUCACAUCAAUAUAAUCAGAAGAAGAAAAUCGCACUACAAAUCGCAGCAAAAAUUGCAAGUGUAAACAGCCCUUUAGAGGUCAAAACAUGUUAAGUUCAGUUACCAUCAUGAGCUACAGAUCAAAACUAUGAAUGAUGUCCGGAGUGUUUCUAUACAACACAGAUGACAUCCCUUAAAGGCCCUGUCACACUAUUGCGUAUGAGAGAAACGUAUGAGAAGCGUAUGAAAAUUAAUGAAAUAAUUUUCAUACGCACAAAAAUCCUUCGAAAUGCCAGCGUAUAUGUACCCAGAGGCGUAGCCAGGGCUGUGGCCGGGGAGCCCGGCCCCCCUGGCAAAAUUUUGCCCCCCCCCUGGCAAAAUUUGGGGGGCCCCGAAAAAAUGUAUUGUAUAAAAAAGGGAAUCCUUGAUUAUACAGCUUCAUGCUGUCAAUAAUGCAAAAAUUCUGUAGAAUAUAUGCUUUGCUGAGCAAACCUAAAAUCUCGUUCGCUUAUUUGCGGCACACAGCUUGAAACACCAUACCUUUUCUAACCCUAAUUAUUUCAAUAUGUAUUAAAUGAGGGUUAGAUGAAGUUUAAACUAAUCUUUUUUUUUACAAGUGAAUUUUUAAUGCGGGUUUGGCAGUGGCGCCGGAGGGGGACACACGUCAGAAAAUUGAGACCCGUCGAAAAAUUGUCAAUCGAGAGUUUGAGCAAGACAACGAAGACGAAGGCGUACUUGCCAAUUUUUGCCGUCUGUACAUUAUCUUGCGCAUACUGAGUUUGACGUCACUGGUGGUUGCUCAACGUGUCUUCCCAUGUGUCGCUGUUUAUGUAUACUUACCCUAAUUCUUGCCCUGACCUUCGUUCGGAACGAAGUUCACAACGAAUUUUGCCAAAAUAUUUGCGUUGUGAACGAAGGCAGAAGAACGAUGACGAGAUAUGAGGCCGGUUUACACGACCAGUGUUUUGGGCACGGCAACCCUAAAAAUGGGUAACCGUGCCCAAAAUUUUGGGCACGGCACCUCUGACUUUUGGCGCCUCUGCCUUUUGGCACCUCUGCCUUUUAAACGUGCCGAGACUUUCUCACGAGGCAGUCUCGGCACGUCUAGCAAGCGGUGCCGUGCCCAAAUUUCGAAAAAAACAAAAAAUGUGUUGGACAUCGAGCAUGCGCAAAACAAAUUGUCCUCUUUCCAACAUGGCAGCAAGCGGCGAAAAAAUACAACUUGCCAAAAAGUAAAAAAUAAAGUUAAAAACAAAUUUAAAUAAUACAGAAUUUGAAAUAUGUUGCUCUAGUUACUCGGAAAUUUUGAUACCACUGUUCGUCGCUGAAUAAAGUAUGCAGUAACUAGGUCGUAGCAAAUGGCUGUCCUUCGAUGCGUCCAUAUCUCUCGAAUUCGUGGCGGGUGAAUACAAGAUAGCACAACAUUUACACGAAAAAACAACUCCUUUCGUCUUUAAGGGCCUGUUCAUACGGGCAAAACUUAUCCCGGUUAACGAGAAAACUUUUCGACUAGCCAAAUGCUUUUGUUCUGUUCACAUGGCCUGGAGAAACGUUAUCCCGCUUACCGGGUAAAGUUUCCGGCUGCAGUGACAUAGCACUGAACAUCAAUUGAAUUGAAAAGUUGCUGACACGACAGAAAGUUAUCCUGCUAAGCGGGAAAGUUGUGUUCACAUGGGAAAACAUUAUCCCGGUCACAGAGAUCUGACUUGUCAACAAGCGACAUCUCGGUUACACGGGAAAACUUUUUGUCUUAUAUGAACGCAGUGUAACUUUUCAUAUUAUUUUCAUACCAAGGCGAGAUCUCGCUUGUGAACUUGUCGAGAAGUUUCCUCGCUAACUAGGAUAACUUUUUCUCAUAUGAACAGGCCCUAAAAGUACUUUUCUAGUAUUGAAUUGUUUAGUUUUUUUCUCGAUAUUCGGCUCAUAUAAUACUCUUCUUCGUUCCAAUAAUUAUAAAUAUAUAAUUCUAUUUCUGUCCGACAUCUUUAUUCUUUAAAAUAUACCGUCGUAAACGGAAAGUAGAGGUGCCGUUUUCCGAUUGGCACGGUUCUUAUCAUAAAAGUGUGCCUACAAAAAGUUGUCGUGUAAACGAGUUGUCGUGUAAACAUUCUUUCGUGGAAAAAACAAAAAAUACUGCCCAAAAAGACAAAGAUGUGAUAAUCAAUAUCGGAGUUAUGAAGUAUGACCGUUAUUGUGCAGAUUCCUCAACUGCCUAUACGCCAAUGAGGGGAAAAUCAUUGCCGCUGAAAAUAAACAAAGACGCAAAUUACGCUUAACUUUUGAUAGCAGCAUUGACAAAAAGAAAGGCAUAUGAUCAGUCGUUCAAUGAAAAGCUGGACUGGGAUAUUGUGUACCCAGAUGGACAGAGUGCGUCAAGUUUACCAGGGCAACCUGAUACACCUUUUUGCCUUAGUACCUAUAAGGAGGAUCUUGGAAAGAAUUAUUCCAGAAUAGCUUUAUAUCUCUGCACAGAAAAUUCAGAUGAAAACAAUGAGAGUGUCGAGGAAGAUACAUUCGAUCGUAUUGGUACGUCAUGUAGUGAUGGCAAGGAAUCACAGUCAAAUGAGUCAAUCGAUAUGGAAAGUAGAGAAGAAAUGGGAAGCAACAAGUAAGUUAUUCCUUAUUUUCCAAAUAUAGAAUUCAUAAGUCCCUAUAAAGUCCAAACCUUCUUGUAAUAUCCCAUCUGUCAAUGGAAACCCUUGAAUGGUUGUCACAGGGGCGUAGCGUGCGGUGGGGGGGUGACCCCAGUUUUAGUGAGGUAGUCGGUAAAAUGCGAAGUUAUUCGGUAAUGGCAAGAGCCAUGACAGCAGUCGGUAAAACAAAUCGGUUAAAGUGGAAUUUUGCUCCUCGGUAAAUGGCUUUUAAUAAUAAUAAAAAAUUAAAUUAAUGUUGUGCCUUGUUCUCCAAUAAAGUUAUGCAAAAUGUACGUAAUUCUUCAGUAUUAAAACACUUAUAUUAAAUAUCUACGCAUAAGCAUUGGAGCCCCUAAUUUCCUAUCGUAUUACACUUGCAAGAGCUGCGAAAGCAGUCGGUUCUGAUUGGACAUGUUCAACUGUGCGCGAACUUUUGACCUUGAUACAAUGAUACGCAAAAGAAUUAAAGAUUAUAUUUAUAUAUUUGUUAUUGACACGCGGUGCUCAUAACUUGUUUCGCCAAUUUUUCAAGUCUGUUCAUUACAAUAAACAACAAGAUAAAUGCCAUUGGGUAAAAUGGCUUAUCGCGAAGUAACAAAUACAACAAUUAUUCCAAUUAAUAAAGCGUUUGCUACGUUUCUGGUUCUACGUUAUUUCUAGACGGCUGACUAAAGUCACGGUAAGUGUCAUUAAAUUAAACGCGCGCCGAAAUAUUUAUUUGUCAAUUGCUGUAUAGCUGUUAUGGUAUAUGGUAUAUGUAGCGUAUAAGGAGCGGUCACGGAUUCUAAAUUCUAAUAAAACCUCACGGUGAGCUCACACUCACAGUCUCACAGCUUGUUAAUAUCUGACGGAUUCUCACGGAUUUCGAAAAUAACACAACUUCAACACAACUUGUUUGAUAUAAAUAAAAGCUACCAAACCUUGUGUGUAUAAGGUACAGAAGGCUCUGAAAAUGCCAUUUCCAACGAUCUAGAGACUCCAUAUUUUCAAAAAUUUUCCGCUCGGCGCCAACCAUGGUGGCGCCUCGUGGCGCGUGGGUCGGUAAAACUUAGAUGUUAUACCCCCCCAGUUAAAAAGGUCAUGCACCGCCCCUGGUUGUCAAGUUGUCAUGUAAGCAUACAGGGGUUGGGAGGGGGUGGGAGUCAGCAGCCUCUAUUUUGUCAGUAAGUGUCAUGUAUGAUAUUAAUGGUAAAUAAACAAAUCUGCAAAUUGUAUUAUUCUUACACUUACCUACACAGGCACACAACAUUCAAGAUAUUAUCAUUUGUAUUCUUAUGCACAAAAUUUUAUGUUUUGGCUUUGGGUAGGAUAUUUAAUUAUACCCUGACUAAACUAAAGCUAUUGUACACUGUAUCCUGUGUCGCUGCAAGAAGCACAUUUCUUUCAUUAUUAUCAUAAUUGUUUUAAUUAAGGAGUGAAGUUAGUCACGUGAGCACAAAUGUGGACAGAGAUUCGUCCAACACAGUUAUAUCUGUCCAAGGAAUGUCACCAACGAAUCAUGGAGAAGGCCCAAGCACAUCAACAACGACCCCAACUGGAGAUUUUGAUUGGUUGUACGCAUCAUGGUUGUAUGAUGAGGUAGAUCUUGCUGGUUAUGAAAGCAUGAGUGAUGUGGAAAUGGAAGUAGGCCCAAAUGACGAGUCUUCCAAUUCCCAGCAUUCCACUGUGUCACUACCUGAUAUACUUAAAAAACUAUCCAGUGUUAUUAAUUUAGAUUCAAUAUCAAAAUUCAACAUUAGUCGCCAUGGGCGUACCGGAAGGAAAAAAAUAGGGGGGCGGAAAGAAAAUUGCCCGACUUUUCGGGAUUCUGCCCGACUACUACCAAAAAUUUUUUUCCGGAAAAAUUAUUUUGGCAACCUCCCCCCCCGUCGCCAAAAAAAUUUCGGUCAGUGUACCAUUUUAGGGGUCAAAAAAUUUUCCGGAGAACCAAUAUUUUUCGGAACAUAACACAAAUUUUCGAAAAAUCACAAAAUUUUCCAAAAAAUUUUCCAUUUUUUUUAUUGCAAACCAAAAUUGCCCAACACUAGUUCAGCAAACUGUUAAAUGGUUCUUACUUGGCAGGUCACAUUUUUCACAAGAGCAAUUUGUACAAGGGCUGUCUGUGUUAGGAAUUUAUGAUUCUAUCUUAAAGAAUUCUGAAUCAUUCCGCCCAGUUUUUUGCUACUCACCUCAGCAACUUAAUGCUGAAAUCAGUUCGCAUCUGUUUGAAACUAAUUUUAGUGAGGUUGGCUCUAAUCGGCAUUGCUCUGAAUCACUGGUCAUAUCACAUUGGAAUGAUUAUUUGUUGGAUGUUGAAGAGAGGGCAGAAACGGAGGUCACAUUCAAUGAUAUUCUGUUUUUUGCUAGUGGAUGUAAAAUUAUACUACCAUUUGGUAUAAAACUGUCUUUAGAGUUUCUACAUCAUGCUGAAAAAAAUGGUGAAAUGUCCAAAUUCCCAAAGGCUAACACAUGUGCUUGCAUUCUUUAUUUACCUGUCACCCACAGCUCAUAUGAUAAGUUCAAAGAAGCCCUUUCGUUUGCAUUUCUUAACACCCGUGGGUUUGGUGAGCCAUAA